CGGGGGGGGAGCGGUACAAAGUGAAGCCACAUUGCCAAACUUGCCCGGCGAUUGCAGCAGCGAGCGGCGGCGGCGCCCUGCGUGUGCAGCUCAGCGGCGGGGACUGAGCUCUGCAGCUCCCCUCCCGGGAAGCGGGAGCCGGAGGAAGGACCUGGGCAGACGCCACUCGUAGCAAUAUCUAUAUUUCUCCAGCGUGGGCUGCCCCUUGCCGGGCGGGGGGCUGCCUCCAGCGCUCCCGAAAGCCAGCGAGAGGGCGAGCGCUGUUUGUUUCUUUGCAAGGAGACCUCCUCAGGCACCCCGAGCGACGUAGUUCCCCGGCGUUUUGCAAUAUAGAGGGGAAGCAGGCCAUGGUGAACCCCGGCGGCAGCUCGCAGCCGCCCCCGGUGACGGCGGGCUCCCUCUCGUGGAAGAGGUGCGCCGGCUGCGGGGGCAAGAUCGCCGACCGCUUCCUGCUCUACGCCAUGGACAGCUACUGGCACAGCCGCUGCCUCAAGUGCUCCUGCUGCCAGGCCCAGCUGGGGGACAUCGGCACCUCCUGCUACACCAAGAGCGGCAUGAUCCUCUGCAGAAACGACUACAUCAGGUUAUUUGGAAACAGCGGUGCUUGCAGUGCCUGUGGACAGUCCAUUCCUGCUAGCGAGCUGGUCAUGAGGGCACAGGGCAACGUCUAUCAUCUUAAGUGUUUUACAUGCUCUACCUGCCGGAAUCGCCUGGUCCCCGGAGAUCGGUUUCACUACAUCAAUGGCAGUUUAUUUUGUGAACAUGAUAGACCUACAGCUCUCAUCAAUGGCCAUUUGAAUUCACUUCAGAGUAAUCCACUACUGCCAGACCAGAAGGUCUGCUAAAAGGUCAGAGUAAUGCAGAAUGCGUGCCUUCAUCUCAAAUUUUGUUCAUCACAGAUGGAUCCCAUGUCUCCAAGUAGACAAGUCACCUUUGUAGCUAGCAUCAAUGCCAGCUCCAUACCAUUGCACCUUCUUUAUUCUUGAUUGCCCUUCCCACAUUUAUUGGUGUAUUAAAAUGACUGAAUAUGAACAUUAAGGACUCCAUGAACCUGGGCUAAUGGGAGACUGUAGAGAAAAUGAAAAAAGAUCCACCGGAGGACAUCUUGGGGGGGGCGGGUGGGGAAGAUGACUAAUGAAGCUAAUUAAAAGAAGCAUUGAAAUCUGCUUUCUACCCUCAUUAACAAUUAGCAGGGCACUGGCCAGUUUGUACCCUGUGUUUUACCUUAACAACAUUCUAUUUGCUCUUUGUAUAUUUAAGUGUUGUAAGGAAAUGUGUUUCAAUCAAACUGAACAUGAGAUAAAGAUGUGGCUUUUGUGAUAUUCUAUCACAAACACUUUUAUUGUAUCUCUGUAAAAUACAAUGUAUGUAUGCAUGUAAGUGUUUUUGUCCUACUGUUGCUACUUCCCAUGGCAAAAAAAGAAAGGAAAAAAAAAAGGAUAAAAAAAGUCAGGCUCAUAGCAGCUACUGUGUAGAAAUUUUCACCUACUUCUAAUUUGCUGAAUGAAGAAAAAUCUUUUAUUUGUGAUAUUUUCAGAGACAUUUGCUCUAGUAUGGUGUAUUUAAAUAAUAAAAAAGUAAAACAAACAAUACUGCAUUGAGUAUGGGUUUUAGAAGCUUUGCUUUUUUUUGGUUUUUAAAAAAAAAAACCCAAACUACCCCAACCCCUACAUUCAAAACAUGACUCUGAAACUGUAUCUUAUGUAGGCAUUACCUUAAUUAUCAAUUACCUUUACAAGUACCUUUUUGGUUUGGACUUUAUUUUUGUCUAAUGCCAGUAAAGAAUUUGUUAAAGUACUUAGCUGUGAUACAUUUGGCAAGGGUACAGAGCACUACUUCAAAAUGGUCUUUAUUUUUCAUUGCUGUUCCUAAUUCUGGUAACUGGAAGUAUAUUAUAAUUCACAUUGCAGUGACUUAUUCUGGUACAGCGGUCCGUCUCCAUCCCGGUCCUCUCCUGCAGAAUCCCCUGUGUUAAGGGUGUGCCAUGUCUCAGUGGGUGUGCAAAGCAUCAGAGGUGUCUGUACAUACCAUAAGAGGUCAAAGAAUAAUAAAAUAAAAAGCACCAAAAGAUCUGUACAUUGUGCUGGGCCCUAGAAUGGAGUAUUCAUAAAAAGGAAUACAAUAGCCAUUCUGAUCUCAACAACAUAAGGUUGUGUUUGCUGUGGCAAGAGACUAACUUUUUGACACUGAUAAUCUUAGGGAAAGAAAAACACGUUUCCAGAGCUGUUUCUGAGAACUAACUGAUCUCAAAUAUGUUCUGUCCUCUGAAAGCAAACCAACAAAAAAACACAACACACACACACACACACACUCCCCCAGGGCAACAAAGCCUCCUGUAAGCCUGGAACAGGAGCAACUUCCUUUAGUGGAUUUCUCCCAUUAGCUGCUCAGUGGUAGAGCUGUGCUGAAUAAUUUUGGGAAAAAAAAAAAACACCAAAAAAUUGGACUUUUCAUGUUUGUAGCAGGAACAGUAACACCAAUCCAUGUCUGUGCAUUGCGUGCCUUCAGUCAGGAAACUGCAAGCACCUAGACCGUGCCUCUGCCCCAAUUAAUAACAAAUCAAUAUUAAGAGCUACUCUUCUAGGAGACUGAUACAUUUGCAGCACAUCAUGAUUAUGUUGUUUCCUUUUUUAAUUAUGUUUGUGAGAAGCUGUUCACUGUGUGGUUAUGGACAGAGCUUGACUUAUUUUUGUUGUGAUGCUGAUAAACAAAAAGCUGACUUAUAGAUUUGUCUGUCUAAACAACCAACAGCAGAUACAGGGGUUUUUUUUCAGAUUCUACUUCUUGACCUCUAGUAUAUUGGAGGUCUGCUGAAUUUCUUCUUUUAACACUUCAGUGCUUGAGGAAAAAUAGGACUGUCACAGAGAAAAUGUACAGUAUCAGACAGUAAAGACAAAAGAACACUUGCAUAACAUAUAAAGCAAUAAAAUGGCUGAAGCUAUGUAUGACUUUUUCAUUACAUGUAUUUAUGUCUUUUUAAAAUAAGUAAGUUUCUAAGCUUUUUGAUCUCACUCUUUAGGUAGAGUCCUGCAAAUUGUGCUGUUUCAGUGUCUUUGAAAAGACACUUGAGGCCCUGAAUAUAGAAUUCAAGUAUUAGCAAGAGUGUAGUCAUCUUUUUAUACUCUUUCAGUAUAAGCACUCAAGGUACAGUGUUUAAAUCUAACGUGCACAGAUUUUUGGUUGUCCAAUAUAACCCAGAAGUGCUAAGAAGAUAGAUAAUAACUUUGAGUAAGUAACGUUGCGUGGCGUUUAGUGAUGUAGGGGUUGGAGUUCAUUAACGGCUUUAAAUAAACUAUUAUAUGUCUGGUUUGUAAAGCCCAGCUACCUAUUUAAUAGCUUAGUUUAAAAGCAUUUCUUAAGUUGCAGACCUAUAAGAUUACAAAUGUCACUCAUGUUAGCAUAAUCCACAUGCAAGUGAUGAAGCCUUUGCUUUGAUGUGCUAAAUUGGAGGAGGACUAAUGGAGCUAUGAAUAUACAAUAGAACAUAUUUAAGUAGUAUUCUUGCUUUAGGUAAAACACUUUCUUGAAACCAGAGGCAUUUCAAACAAUAAAACAGUCUCUAAGGGGGAUGGUAGGUGUGGACAGAAGGCUACGGGAAACACUGAGAUUUGUCCUUACGUGAAAGAUCACUGUUUAGGGAGAUCUUUAAGGAAAACCAUGGACUCAUUCACCUUUUAACACACACGUUUGCUACACUGAGGCUGAAAUACACCCUCUGCAUUUAGUGCUGCUGAAAAGUCAAGCAGAUAAUCAUUCAGUAAGAGCUUCCCUCACUUUCAGAAAUGAAUGCUGUUCAAAAAAAAAUCAAAGGAAAUAUUACUAAUCUGAAAUCAUCCUUGUGAACCUGGAUAAAAUGCUCUGUCUAUACUGCAUCUAAACGACUCAAUCAUAUAAAUUGUCACUCUUAUUAAUGAAACAAUUUUGUAAAAAGAUUGCCCUCUAAAUGGGUUUAAUGUUUUUACCUAUCCAGCUGUCUAGUUAUGAGAUUUACGCAUCCUGGCAGGCAGUGGGACAUUAAGCCUCUCCAAACCAAAUUCUGUUUGCAACAAGAUACUGUCUUUUCAGUCCUACAUGAUUUAUCUUUAAAUAUUUUAACAGGUUAUGCAGUAUCUUAUGAAAUAUAAAAUGAGAAUGUCUUACCAAAAUGAAGCCCAUGAAAUUAAGUCACAUCUUUAGAAUAUUAACCACGCUGAGUUUGUCUCCCUUUUCCCCUCUUAGUUAACGCUGAUAAAAUUUGCAUCAUCUAACUUUAGGGUGCAUGCUAAAAAAAUUGAAAAUCAAAAAUCACAUACUGGCAUAACAUGACUUCCAUCAAGUACUGUCAGGCACCUCAAAAGGCCAUUCUAAUUUAAAUGUUUUCACCAAAUUCUUUGGCUGGUAGGUAUAUGUCAAGCGUGAGGCUUUUUGCAAGGAUCUACAUUCUCAACAGCUCUAGUAAAAUAACAGAAUGGAGAUUGGAACAUUAUUGUAUAGAGGUGGUUUUUUUAAGUAUUAUAUUUCUUCAGUGUGAAGUCAUACGUUCCAGGCCUGAUUUCACAGCUUGAGCCUCCUGUACGUCAAGUACCAGAUAACCAUUGUUGCUGCUUGUUACUUUUAGUAGCAGGUGUACAACUAUUGUCAAGUCCAGCUAAGCCACAGAAGAGCUUAUUGCAAUUAAAUAGCAAUUUGUUUCUAUGAAACUGCAAUUAAAGUAUUACUGAUCAGCCAUUUUAGAUUGGCAGCGCUUUGACUGCAUGUUAAACAGUGAGGAGCUCUCAAUUUAUUUCUGCAGCCUGAGCUGCAAGUAACAGUGAAGUGUAACAUGCUCACCUAUGUCCCUUGUCAAGUUGAAAGUAUGAGUCCUCCGUGAAGCACUCUGAUCUCAUCACGAACAUGCUGAGAGCAAUGACAAGUCAGGGCUGAUCUCUGUAAGUUGAACUUGCAACUUACAGGACCUGAAGUUAUUACUGUUUUCUGAUCCUGUAUAAGCAGAGAUGUCUACGCUUCCUACAGGGGAUGUUUUCAACUUCAGAUUGAUUCUGUAGAGAAUGGACUGCAAGUUGUGGGCCGCAAGCCAAUAACGUGCUGCAGGUCCUGACUUGUUAGAGCUGUGUAAAC